GCGAUGCAUCUCCGAGUGACACAUCCACCCAUCAGCUGUUUUUGUUUUGCUGUGUGAAUAUUGGAAGUUAAUAACAUAAUAACAACAGUGUCGACCGGCUGAAGUGAAACGGCUCAUCGGGGAGGCGUUAUCGUGGAUCUGGUUCACACUCGGGACAGGUCACUCGGUGUGGGAUGUGUGCCGUCUGAGCCCAGUCUGACCGGACAUUCCUCUCCCCGAAGAGUGUGAGCGUGGCGCUUGGAGUCGGGGAGCAGAGGAGGGGAAGCGGGUUCCGGCGGGGAUCGACCCGAGCCCAAAGGCCUCCGACCUCGACCGGCAAGAGGAGAGGGAAUUUGGCGGCUCGGAUGGAGUCCCAGGACGCACCGGACGGCCCCGAAGCGCACAGAGGCUUCAUCUGUGCGUCGUUUAACCAGGACACCACUCUCUGUGUGUAUGUGUGUGUGUGUGUGUGUGUGAUGUUAUUGUAGAUCUCUGUCAGUGGGCACCAAGACUGGCUACCGGCUCUUCUCAGUCACUGCUGUGGACAAGCUGGACUGCAUCCAUGAGGGAGUGGAGUGUCCAGACGUGUAUAUAGUGGAGCGGCUGUUCUCCAGCAGUCUGGUGGUGGUGGUCAGUCUGUCCAUGCCACGGCGAAUGAACGUCUACCACUUCAAGAAAGGCACAGAGAUUUGUAACUACAGCUACUCCAACAACAUCCUCUCUGUUAGGCUCAACAGACAGCGGCUGGUGGUGUGCCUGGAGGAGUCGAUCUACAUCCACAACAUCAAAGACAUGAAACUACUCAAGACCCUGCUCAACACACCCACCAACCCCUCAGGUCUUUGCGCUCUCUCUGUCAACCACAGUAAUUCCUACCUGGCAUACCCAGGCAGCACCACAAUCGGAGAGAUCACCGUCUACGAUGCCAACAAUCUGAGCACUCUGACGUUGAUCCAAGCCCAUGACAGUCCCCUGGCAGCCCUCACCUUCAAUGCCUCUGGCACCAAACUGGCCAGCGCUUCAGAGAAGGGCACCGUUAUUAGAGUCUUCAGCGUUCCCGAAGGACAGAAACUGUUUGAAUUCCGCCGAGGGAUGAAGAGAUAUGUUAGCAUCAGUUCAUUGUCCUUCAGCGCGGACGGCCAGUUCCUGUGUGCCUCCAGCAACACUGAGACAGUCCAUAUCUUUAAACUGGAGCAGCACAGCCCCAGUCAAGAGGAGGAGUCUCCUACUUGGUCAGCAUAUGUGGGCAAAAUGUUCACAGCAGCCAGCACCUACUUGCCCACCCAGGUGUCCGACAUGAUGCAUCAGGACAGAGCCUUCGCCACAGUACGACUCAACAUGUUUGGCCUGAAGAACAUCUGCGCCCUGGCUACAAUUCAGAAGCUCCCUCGCCUGCUGGUGGCAUCCUCAGAUGGGAAUCUCUACAUCUAUAAUGUGGAUCCACAGGAUGGAGGGGAGUGUGUCUUGGUCCAAAAACACAGGCUGUUUGACUCCAGCGAGGAGCAGGUGGAACAGAGUGAAGAGGACAAACCAGAGGAUGUCUCUCCCCAACCAGCCAGCCAAUCAUACGCUGCUACUGUGGCUCUCUCUUCAACCCCACCCUCUUCCACCACCCUCAUGGGUUACUCUGAGGAUGGUGGAGCACAGAAGGGUGAGGUCAUCCCAGAGCACGAGUUUGCUGAGGGCCCCGUCUGUCUGGAUGACGAGAAUGAGUUCCCUCCAGUCGGCAACCAGAGUAACUGACCAAACCUCCCCAUGAAACACCCAACCCCUGCUUAACAAUCAGACUCACUUGUUUCAAACAGGGGAGGUGGACAAAAAUAUUCCUGUGUUGACACAUGUACCCCUGCUGGCUUAGGGUCAAAUCUUGCCAGAAUGUUACUUCCUGGUGUUUCUGUAUUCUGUGUCCCUACCACGUUUUGUAAGGAAUAAAAAAAAAAGAAGAAAAAACACUAAAAAAGAGUGGAAGGUCCACUCAUCAUUAAAAAAACAAACAUCUUAAACUCUUUUCUUAGACAGAUUGAAAAACUGAAAACUGUCUAAGUGUCCCGCUGUUAACUCCCAUAUUACGCCAUUAACAGUGUUAAUCAUUUCUUUUUUUUUUAAAUACUGACAUCAAGAAACACUGACAACACAGUCACAUUAUUGUUGCACAAUAUUAUCAUGGUAGCAACCAGAUGAGCAUGUGGCUGGUAUUAAUGAGCUGAAAAUACCAAUGUAGUAGAGGACACAAAAGAUUCACAAAAAUGCUCUUCAGAAAGAUGCUAAGAAGUUAACUGUAAGGUAUUUUUAACAUCUUCUAAACAAGGCAAGUGCAAUCAGACAAGCAUAUGAUAAAAUGAGUCAAAUCUCUUAAGAUCAUGACUUGUUUAUACUUCUAAGUCUUAGAAAUUAGCAUCUGAAAAUCUAUCAUACGGGCAUUUUUGUCAAUCGGGCCUCAGGAAUUCGGGGAGCUCAUCAAUGGGCAUUAAAUGUGUCACACCUCAGGAAAGAGGAGCGGUAGUUCUCUCAAGAAGGAAAACAUGUUGUAAGUGUGAUACACUAUUUAAAUCAUGAUACAUGCAGUAAGUAUUAUAUGACUUGCAGAUGCAGCUGUCAUUACUAAUUAUGGUAGCGAUAGAUGAGACUAAAAACCUGCGGAGUCACAAACGUAACCUGAUCAUAUAUCUGGAAAGAGUUGGCUCUGUGGGAGGAGCGGUCAGCAGCUGAAUGUGAAGCUCUUGAUGGUGAGCUGUACGUGACAAAGUUACAGGUCCUUGAAUUUCAGUAAUAUCCUGAAGACCUUUUUAUUUACUACAUGAUGCUGAAUUCAGUAUGUUAACAUGGAAGUCAUAGUCAUUUUAACUUUGAUGUAAUAAAUAUUCUUUUGCAAAAUGUUUUCAGUAUUACACAUCAAACGCAUAGACUUACCAUGCGUAAAUAUAUAUUGAGGAUUUUUACUGUGUGUAUAAUGUAUAUAACAUUUAUAUAUAGUACUGUUGUAAUAAGUAACAUGGUAAUACCAUUUGAUUUGCCAAAAGGUGGCGCUGUUAGGACACCCUUACGCUGCAUUGAGCUGUUCGAUACUGGACAUUUACACCAGAGACUCAUUAAAGCUGAGAACUGA